AUGGCCGGGACCUAUGGCGUCUCCACGCGUUCGGCGUCGCAGACGCGAUUGCCAGGCGGCCGUGGCGUGUCCAACUCCACCAUGGGCAUGGGCGAGCGCACCACAAGCCUGCCUGCCCUCGGCACGAGGGCAGGUGCUGGUAGGGGGUACCCCUCCACGAGCGAGGCGAAGGGAAUGAAGAGGACCCCGACCCCUAGCGAGCUCCUCUCGCAGAGGCGAGACCUGGCCUUGGUCGGGGCCAGCCAGCCCAAAAUUACAGGUUUCAUGGACAUCGGUAAGUAUUCCAAUCACACGGAGUCUGCGGUUCCCUAUGAUAGGCCGUUGUUCAGCGUGAUGCCACCAGUCAUCGCCUUUCAAGAUUUCGAGGGUCUCCAGACAUACGAGGCGACCGUGACCUUGCGGAACCAGGACAAGGUGGCGCGCAGGGUGAAGGUCUUCGAGCCCGACAGCUCGUUCUUCGAGCUGCGGCCAGGCAGGAAUGCCGCCCAUAGCAGGCGGUCGUCUUCGGGCGGCUCGGGUGACAAGGUGGCACCUGGCAUGGAGGUGUCCUAUGUGGUGCGGUUCAAGCCCGACGCCAAGAUCGAUUAUUCCUACGACCUUGUGGUGGUCACGGAGCGGGAGAAGUUCGCGGUGCCAAUCCGUGCAUCCGGGGGCUCUGCUUUGCUCACGUUCCCCGACGAGAUCGACUUCGGGGACGAGUGUGUAGUUGGCCACCGCAGCGAGCGGACCGUGCUGGUCCGGAACGUCGGCGACCGCACCACGAAGUUCUCGCUGCGGACCCACCCGCCGUUCAGCGUGACCGUCCCGGACGGCUACCUCGCGGAGGGUGCCGCCUGCCAGGUCUCUGUCUACUUCACCCCUGACGCGGUGGAGCCUUGCGUGGCGGAGAUGCAGCUGCGCUACGAGCAGCUCGAGGCGACCGUGCGGCUGCGUGGCGGCGCCUCGAACGCCAACAUCUCGCUGUCGACGGACAAUCUGGUCAUCGAGCACACGUACGUUGGUCUGGAGGCGCAAGACACCGUGAUCAUCCGGAACGAGUCGGAUGUGCCAGUGGACUUUAGGUGGCACUUGUUGCCCUCCCAGCUGGAGGAGCACGAGCACAGGAGGGCGCUGCAACGCCAUCUCAAGGCCGAGGAGGGCGACGAGAUGCUAUACUUGUGCCAGCAGCACGACGAGGACUCGUCCGAGGAUAGCCAGUCUGAGGAGGACGGCGAGCGGGCGAAGGCGCGCAAGAAGAACAAGGUCACCACAUCGUUAUCCCGAAAAUACAGCAGUAUCAACAAGGCGGUGAAGGAGGACCCCAUGCUUUUCAGGGAUGCCAUCUUCGCCAUCGAGCCGCUCAUUGGGCAGAUUUGGCCGCACUCGCAGGUGACCUGCGCGUGCACGUUCCUGCCAAAGGACGCCCUGAUGUACACCUGCACUGCGUACCUGGCAUGCGUGGGCCAGGAGUCUCGGGCCCGUCUGAUGCUGAAGGGUCUUGGCAUAGGGCCAAAGGCCACCUUCUCUUACGACGAGCUUGAUGUGGGCAGCGUCUUUGUGGAUUCGACCCACCGCUACGAGGUGCAGCUGCUGAACCAGGGCGACAUAGACGUGGACUUCCGGCUGGUUCCCGGGGACACGCAGAUUGGCAGGCAGUUCAAUUUCACGCCCAGCUCCGGUACCAUCGCGGUCGGUGGGCACUGCGAGGUGGUCGUGGACUUCAAGCCCAAGGAACUCGGGGAGUUCGUCGAGACCUUCGAGUGGGCGCUGAAGGGCAGCAACGCCCCCGUGACCCUGUGCUUCCGGGGGGUCUCGGUGCAGCCCUCUUUCGAGUUCGACGUGGAGAGGCUCGUGUUUGGAACGGUGAGUUAUGGCUUUUUGAACUCGCGCAUGAUGGCGUUGACCAACACCUCGGAGGUGCCCUGCAUCUACACGCUGCGCAUUCCCGAGGACGAGAGAAGCGAGUUCGACAUCAUCCCCUCGAAUGGCACCCUCCUGCCAGGCUGCAGCCAGCGGGUCCAGGUGGACUUCGUGAGCAGCACAGAGAAGAAGUACGACCUGCGGCUCGUUGUUGACCUCGAGGGUGUCGGUAAUGAGCUGCUCUCCAUUCCGAUCACGGCGGCUUGUGCCGUGCCGUCCGUGACGUUCGAGCCUCAGGCUGGGUUGAGCUAUGGAGACAUCUUCAUCAGGUACCCCUUUCACCAGAGCCUGUACCUGCACAACACCUCCGCGCUGCCAGCCAAGUUCAGAGUGCUGCAGCAGGAGGACAAGUCGCGCGCAGAGUUCGAGCCAGACCAGUGGACAGGCACCGUACCGCCGUGCGCCUCGCACGUCAUCACCGUGACGCUGACGGCCCACUCGCCCGGGCCGCUGAGGAUUUCCAUGUACGUGAAGUUGCAUGGCAAGGACGUGCCGUUCCCCCUUACGCUUACCGCCAACUCCGUGGGCCCCCGCGUGGUGGUCGAUCCCCCUGCGGUGGACUGGGGCAGCGUGAAGUGCCUGGAGCCUGUCACCAGGCACGUGCGCGUCACCAACGAUUCGUGCAUCGACGCGACAGUGCGCGCGUUCAUGAACGAGCGGAGGUCUCUCUGGAGCGUGCACCCCAAGAUGAUGCACCUGUCCCCGCAGGAGACCCUCCAGCUGGCCGUCACCCUGAAGAUCGACGAAACUUGCCCCGUGAAGGACAUUUUGAACCUGAUCGUCUCCGAAGGCAACGACCUCACCGUGGAGAUGAGAGGAAAAGGAACCGAGACGCCGAUCCAGAGCGAGCAACCUCUGGAUCUGAUCGACUUUGGCACGAUCUUCACCACCCACCAGGAGCCCCGAGACAUCGUGAUCAGGAACUACGGGCAGGUGGCGCGGCGGCUGACCUGGAUCAAGGAGAAGGAAAAGAAGAAGGAGUCAGAACCAGAACCCAACAAGAAAGUCAAGGUGCAGGAGAAGAUCCAGGCCUUCAAAGUGGAGCCCGAGAGUGUCAUGUUGGAACCAAAGACCGCGUACAGAUUCACCUUCAUCGCCAUGAGCCCAAAGCCUGGGAGCAUGGAGGAUUUCCUCUGCUGCAACGAGCAAGUGGACAAGGGCGGCAAUCCGGCGAAGCAGAUCUUCCGGCCGCGCCUGCGGGCAACGUUUGUGGCGCCGCAGCUGAAGCUGUCGACGACCGAGAUCAAGUUUAACUUUGUCGCUGGCCCCGACUCGAAGGUGGACAUGAUGUCCCAGACGCUAACCCUGGAGAACACGAGCCCUCUGCAGGUGAAGUGCACGCUGGACGCCCCGUACCCUUUCAGCGCGAGCGUGGGCGAGGCCACGAUCGCGCCAGGCACCGAGCUGGAGGUGCUCGUCACGUUUUAUCCGGCCCACAGGGUCAGUCGUGAGAGCGGCACGGUCACGAAACCCUUGAUCAUCAGGUACGAGGAUCACCCGGCCACGAACAACAUCCAGCUCAUCGGAAACAUGAUGUUCCCCAACCUGGAAUUGGACAGUAGGGCGUGCGAGUUUGGUACGGUCUUGAACGAGACGAGUAAGAAGAUCAACGUGAAGCUAACCAACCCGACGAGCCUGCAGGUUUGCUAUCACUGGUGCUUCUCCGUCCAGGGCGAGGAUGAAGAGGAGGAUGCCAACAAGCAAGUACCCACUGGGCACAUGCAGGCGUCGAAUCUCUCCUUUCGGCCACUAACAGGCAAUACCACUACGACGAUGCUCGGAAACACAGGCCAGAUCCUCGGCUCGGUUGAGACGCGCCGCUUGGAGGACGGCAGUCGAUCGCCCAGUGCUGCUCCGAGCCCCACCAGUAUGAUGAGGACGACGCACUCCGUGAUGCAGUCGGCACCGCAAGACAAAGACGAUGUGGACCUGAACCAGGUCUUCGACAUCCUGCCCAUUUUUGGCAAGAUCGAUCCUGGAGAAUCACAGGUGGUGACCUUCACCUACUACGGCGUCCGCGACAGGGCAUUCAGGGCGUCGGCUGUCUGCGCGGUGGACGGAGGCCCAGAGUACGAGGUCAAGCUAUCUGGCAGCGCUGCCCCAUGCAAGUAUGGCCUCGACGCGCACGAGCUCGACUUCGGAGAUAUCCCAUUCAUCACCUCUGCGGAGCAGGAGGUAAUGCUCUCGAACCCUGGCAAGGUGACAACGAGCUUCUACUUCAACCUUGCGAACGUAUCUCGGCCAGGAAUAGUCGACGUCCACCCGCAGUCAGGCGUGCUCAACGCAGGCGACAAGCAAAAGGUGCAGGUCCGCUUUAGGGCUGGCAUCCCCGACCGAAUCGAGGAGAAGGUGCUCGUCGAGAUCGCCCACUUCGCCCCUGAGGUGCUCACCAUCCGCGGCAACGGCACCUUUCCGGGAGUCGUCCUGGAGCUGCCGCGCUGGAACGCCGAGGCGCACGAGGCGGGCCGCCGGGAGGCCGUGCAGAGGCUGACGACGAGCGCCCCGGCCGCCCCUCCAGACGCCAGCGAGGCCAAGGAGGUGUCGCCGACGAAGGCGAAGAAGAUGUUCAGGCAGAAGAACUUCGACUUGACGAAAGCGUCCAGAUCCUCGACGAUCCUCGACUCGGGGCUCGACCUCCUCGAGGUCGAGUGUGAGGUCGACCGCUUUAACCUCUGCAACGAGCUGCUGGAGCAGGCACGCUUGAGGGCCAGCGGCGGCUUCCAGGACGCGGCGCGCUCCUCGACGGGCGCCAGGGCCAGGAUGUCCGGCGGGAUGGCCAGCCCGACGAGCACGAAGCGGCUCCGGAGCACGAGGUCCGAAGCGGUGCCCACGAUCACGGCCGCGCACUACGUCUGCGACUUCGGGCACCUGCCCCUCGGGCACGUCAGUCACAGGCAGAUCGUCAUCCUCAACGGGUGCAGCGAGGCGGUCAACAUUGCCAUGGACAAGACGGCUCUCCAAGAGAACGGCGUCACCCUCGAGCCGGAGAAGAUCAGGUCCAUACCCGCCAAGGGGUCGCAGGCUUUGCAGCUGAGCGCGACGCGCCCCUUCGAGGAGACAGAGGCGAAGGUGGAGUUCGACUGGAUGGUCACCGUCAAGGGUGGACCGACGUACAAGAUUAGUAUGAUUGCCAACUUCGUUAUCGAAGACAUUUCCUGGUGUCCUCCAGUUCGAUCGACUUCGGCCGCGUCCUGGUGGGCACGCAGAAGCGUGUGA